CGUUUAUACAUCUUUUUAAAUCCGACAAGAAAGAUACGGAUACGGAUUUCCUGCCGUUUGAUCCUCAUUCGUAGAUACCAGCGAGAGGAACCAGAAAAUGACACUGUGAAGAACAGUUCAGAGAUACUCCCGACGCUGAGGAGAAAUCGUUGUAGAUCAACGAAAUGCAUUCCUUGAGUUCUUGGCCUGGCAAUGAGCUCGGUGGAACGACAGAUCCUGGCCAUUACAGACCGAAGAACAAAUCGUGGAAGCACCGCGUUCAGCCGUACAUCCGGACGGACGCGUCCGGCGUGCACUGUCACAUUGUGGGCGAUUCGGUGUGCCCGUACGUGCAGAAAAAGCUGCGGAUAGACAAUCUUUUGCGGCACUUUCGCGCCAUGCACGAGCGCGAAGCGAAGGAAAGGGGGUUUAUGGAGGAGGAGGACGAAGAUGGCGUUAAAGCGGAGGCGGAUGAGGAGGAGCAAACCGGGUCGGAAUUGGCAGCGGACGAUGGAGUGGAGUCAGAUCUGAUGGCAGAGUUAAGAAAUAAAUUUCCAAAUAUGAACGUCUUCAACAAUGAUGGAAUGCAGCGAAAGGACUUUUACAAGACGUUGGUACGGCCGUGCAUCCUAGAGGAUGAAAAAGGGGCGCACUGCCGCAUUCGGGACGACGCGGUUUGUCGUUACACGCAGAAAACGCUGCGAUUGCAAAACUUUCUACGACACUUUCGUAGCAUGCACGUGCAGGAAGCCAGAGAGAAGGGUCUGUUCUGGGGUGAGUGUCAGGAUUACGGUGGAACCAGUAGCCUGGAGAAUGUUCAAGAAAGUGGAGACUCCUUUUCAGUGAAUGAAAAUGACGAUUACACCAAAAAAAAGCGAUGGUACGAAGUGCUGAAACCCUGCCUUCUCGAGGACGAAAAAGGAAUCCAUUGCCAGAUUGUUGUCGGUGAUUUUUUGUGUAAUUACACCCAGAAAACGCGACGAAUGCAAAACUUGCUGAGACAUUUCCGUAUCAAACACAAACAAGAAGCAAGACAGAUGGGGCUUUUUGAGGACAAACCUGAGCCAAGUGACGGAGAUCAAUUGCAGAAUGUGACCGAAAAACAGCUCUAUGAGAAUGUGGGACCGUUUAGAACUGAAGUGCAAGAAGGGUCAGUGGAGCUGGAUAUUCAAACGAAAAAUUCUAACGUGGUCCUGAGCGAUAGUGUUUCAGCGCAUAAUAACUCAUCUCAGCGCUCACGUAAAUCGAGCCAUAAAAGCAAACUUAUGAAGUUCGUCGUGCAAGACCAAGCGGGAUAUCAUUGUCGUUUUCUGGAUGACGCGUCCUGUCCCUACACCCAGAAGACGCUACGCGAGCACAACUUUAUGCGACACUUCCGCCUGGCUCAUUUGAGCGAGUCCAAGCAGCAGGGAUUUUCGAAGAAAAGUGCGACCACGAACGAAAGCGACGACGAGCUGGGUUUGGACACGUGCGUUAAAACGGAAGUGUUCAACGUCGUGGAGAGAGGUCUCGCGCAGAUCGAUGCCGAUGGAGGCGUCCGUUGCGCCAUUGAACCGGAAAGUGAUUGCCAGUACGGACAGGCCAGCUACGACGAAGUGCGAUUUUUGGCGCAUUUUCGCCUGAAGCAUACCUAUUUGGAAGACGUACUGUUUCCUGGUGACGGAGCGAUGAUCCCCGACCAGAUCGAACACGUUGCGGUGGGCGCGGAUGGCAUUUUCUGCGCGAUGGAGCCGGAAUCUGGGUGCACCUACUUCCAGACGAGCUACAACGAGAGGAAAUUUAGGCAGCACCUUCGCGCGAAGCAUUCGGGAGAUGUGGAACGGCAACCAGAGGAAGAUCAGAAUGGCCUUUACCAACAAAUUAAGCAGUACAUUUACGAGGACGAUGAAGGUAUCCACUGCCGGAUCAGUGGCGUUGAAAAGUGCGAGUACGUGCAACAGAAGCGACAACUGCAACUCUUUUUGCGUCACUUUCUGCUGAGCCAUCGCAAAGAAGCGAAGCAGAAGGGGUUUCUGAAGAACCCGCAAAUGAAAAUGCUGGAAUCAAUCGUUCCAGUGUACGACGCAAGCGGUCGCACCGUGAUUUACCAAAGCUACCACCUGCAAAAGCUAGGACUUGUUAUGGCUCAGGACGACGGGUUUCGCUGUUCACAGGAAACGUGCGAUUUUUCGCGGGAAAAGUAUGACGAGAGCGUGUUUCUGGAGCAUUUGUGCCAAAGUCAUCCUCCGGUGUUCGGAGACCUGCAGCCCAGCAAGCAACGGCUAACGCUCAAGGUGGCCGAGCAUGUUCUGCAGGACGGACGGGGCUUUCACUGUAGAAUUGCCGGCCCAGACGCGUGCAGCUAUGUGCAGAGUUGUUAUCGAAUGCAAAACUUUUAUCGGCACUUUAACAUGCGCCACCGGGAGGACUUUGACCGAGCCGGGUUUGUGUUGAGGCACGCCAACAGCUAUGGGACGGCAAAGAAGCGCGACUUGCGGGCAUAUCGUGAUGAAGAAGAGGGCGAGGCUGAAGGUAGCGGUGAUGAGCCAAGCGAACUGAAUUACGACACCUUCCAGGGUCUGGAACUCAGCGUUGAACAAGCGAGCAGCGAUGAGGAGGAUGUUGCCAGAAUUCAGCACGAACCAGAGCGGGAGGAGCCAAAAGAUAAGACGAAGGUGCUGUACCAAAGCUACCACCUGAGAAAGGAAGGACUCGUCCUGGCUCAGGCUGAUGGAUUCGGUUGCUCUCAAGAGCCGUGCGACUUUGCGCGGGAAAAGUACGACGAGAGCGAAUUUCUGGAGCAUUUGCGCCAACACCAUCCCUCUUUGGUCGUGGGCUUGAAAGUGAGCAAUCAACCGCUAACGCUCAAAGUGGCCGAGCAUGUUCUGGAAGACGGACGGGGUUUCCACUGUCGUAUCGCCGGUCCCAACGCGUGCAGCUAUGUGCAGAAUUGUUAUCGAAUGCAAAACUUGUAUCGCCACUUUUACCUGCGACACCGGGAGGAUUUCGAAAGGGCUGGUUUUAUGCUGAGUCACGAAACGCUGAAGGCGGCAAAUGUACCGGCCAAUAACGACAAAGCUAAAUCGGUGCCAAAGAUAACGCAAAAACAAUGGUCUGCACAGAGGGCAAAAAUUGAAGAACUGGUUACAGUCGACGGUGAGGAGGCCUUCCGUUGCAAUAUAAGUGAAAGCUCUGGCUGUGACUUUGUUAUGUCCUAUUUAUAUCACCAACUUUUCGCGAGACAUUUCCGUAAGAACCAUCCAGGGGAAGCUAAACGGCAUGGAUUCUUUGACGAAUUUCUCCUCUUAAAGUCAGCGUAUGGCAAACCCCACAAACCAAUGAUUGGCGAGUUUGUCGCGCUGGACGAAUGGGGUGGCGGCUUUCGCUGCAACAUCGCCAGCAAUACGCACUGCAGCUACGUCCGCCAGCGACUUCUGGACAAGGACUUUUCGAAACAUUUUCGCGUAAUCCACCCCGAGGAGGCCAAACGGCACGGAUUCUUCGAACUUGCUCGCCCAGCCCCACGAAAGCGAAAGAGAAUAAAGUGCAUGGUGCAACUGGUACGGGAGAACGUGGCGGCGGAUUCGCGCGGGAUACACUGCCGGAUCGCGGAUCCGCUCUGUGACUACGUGCAGGAGAUCUUCCGCCCGCAUAACUUCCACCGGCAUUUCGUUGGGAAACAUCCGGAGGAAGCCAGGGCGAAAGGAUUUCUUGGAUCAGAACCAGAGCCGGAACGUAUGGAAGCUGAAGAGGAACCUGUGCAAGAAUCGGACUGCGAGCUGUUGGAGAAUCCGGCGGAGUACUGUCGUCUGUGCUCCAGCACGACUCUACCUCUGAAACCCAUCUUCAGCGACGAUGAAAAUCCGCUUGUCACGUUGAUCGAACAAUUUACCGGCAUUGCGCUGGCUGUCGAGUCGGACAUUUCAGCACACAUUUGCGCGGACUGCCAUCAACGACUUCAAAACAGCCAGCACUUCCGGCAACAGUGUCAAACCUUUGAUCGAAAGGUUCGUCGGAGAAACCCGGUAGCGGUUCGGGCAGAUGUUCCAUUUAUCGGGGUGGAGAGUGACGAACAAACCCUGCUUCCGCUGGAUAUCAUCAAGACGGAAGAAACCGUUGUUGAGGUGAUGGAUCUGGAUGAUCCGUUGGUGAGUGGUUGAGCCUCGAGCGUAGAGAUGGUCGCCCACGUGGAAGACGUGCUGCCGUACGCAAUAGUUUAACUAAAAUAAAUUUUGAUAUUUUCUUAUUUACAAAAAA